UUGGCAUACUACUGCUAUGACACCAGUCAUUGUUACAUUUAUUCAGGUAUGCUUUGGAUAAUUUCUCUAGAAAUAUAACUAGUUUAUAUAUUUACAAGGACUAUGGACAUGUUGCUUUAGCGUCAGUUUCGUCAUCUAUAAAAUGGGAGUGAAAAGACAUCCAUUACCUACUGCAGGUGGUUGUGAGGAAAGUACAUUAUCAAGUACAAAGCACUAUCUGAAUAUAAGCAGCUUUUAAAAAAAAUGUUGCAGCAUAGUUUUAUUGUGACUUUUUUUGAACAGAAUUAACAGAAAUCUAUCUUGUCUCCAAAGAGUUCAUACACCCUCUUUCCUAAAGUAGUGUUCACUAACAUUAAUAUUUGGGUCAGAAACGCACUCUCAGCAUUUCAGGAAAUGUCCCGGAAGUCACAGUCCUGGAGACAGUAAUGAAUGAAUACCAUGAGUAUUUGUGAGGAAUCCUAAGCUUUGGACAUAGGAUGCUUUGAGCAAGGUAUUUCUGAUCAUCCUGGGUCAACACAAGAAAAAGUAAGCAUCUACUACAAUAUGACUCCCCAGCUGGGUAGUCUGUGUCUAUGUACACUUGUCUGACAGGUAGCUCUCUACUAUUGGAACAUUGUAGUUAAAGGAGAAGGAAGUAUUUAAAAGUCAAGUAGUUGAUGGGAUUGUGGAUAAGGGAAAGUAUUCUUGAGGUGUGUAUUGCCUGCCUCCUGUCAUAUGUGAAUUUUCCCUUCAGCCUCCUUGACCUCAUGGACCUGGAUGUUAGUUUUUGCCACGUUCCCUUAAUAUCCACCUCUAUGUUAAAAGAGGUAGUAUUUUCUGCUCUGAUUUCCUGUGUAGUAUAGUGUAGAUACUUUCCUGCUUCUCCUAGCUAGUGAGGAUUCCUGAAUGGCUGGUUUGAAUGUCUCCCUUUCCUUCUUCUUUAUUAUUGUGACCCUCUGUGAAGGGGCCAGAAGACUUUCCAAGAUGUUUCUCCCCCAGAAAAUCUAUAGCAGCUUUGCUAGGGAGCUGGCAAGUGCCUUCCAGUUAUGUGCAUGUUGCCUGGAACUAAGGAUGUUAGUGGAGAUUGGGCCCUGGGGAGGCGGCUUUGGCCCAGAUGUGGUUCUAACUCUUCUCUUCCUGCUCUUUUUGGUCCAUGGGAUAUCUUUCGAUGGUGCAUCUGCCAACCCAGCUGUGUCCAUCCAAGAGUUCCUGAUGGUAGAGUCCUCUCUGCUGAUGACAGCUGUGAAACUAUUGGCCCAUUUUGUGGGGAUGAAGGCCAGCUACAUUUUGACCAAUCUCUAUUGGUCCUGGGAGUUGACAGAUUUUCAUCUAAUUCAGAAUCUGAUUGCCAGAGAUUGCAGUUCCUCUCUCCGGACAUCCGUGGGCCAGGGCACCUUGGUGGAAGCCACCUGUUCUUUCUUCUUCCAUUUAACUCUCCUUCUAUUUCAGCACAGUCUUUUUAUCUACAAGGUGACAGCUGUGGCUCUCAUUGUCACCAUCUUGGCUUAUACAGGUGAGAGAAUUUUCUCCUUGAGAGUCCUGGGCUGGUGGAGAGGAGGAGGAUUAUCCUCUGAAGAAAUGUUACACUGCUGGAGAGAAAAGAAGCACUGAUUCCAAUGGGCUGUACUUAAUAGUCUGAGGAAAGUCAAGCAGAGUGCGUCUUAAGAAAUAAGAGAAUUUCAGUUGCUUUUUGGUUGGCCAUUUGCUUUAUAUUGUUUUCAUGGGCAUGGUGCUAGGGACCAGGGGGUAGUUGGAAGUGUUGUGUGUAUAUAGUGGGGUGGCAUGAGGAGAAUUGGAAAAAGAAGGUCAGGGAAUCUUUGAAAUGGUUGGGCUUUAUUUUGCUAUUUGGGGAAGGGGGCAAAGAACCAAUUUUUACAUUAGUUCAGCUUUGCGGGGAGUGAUUCCCAGUCCUGGUUUUCAGAAUAUGUCAGAAUGACAUUACGUCAAAGGAUGUCAUGAAAUUCUCCAAACCAAAUGAAUUUUUUAUUCAACUUAAUUGAAAAGCCAAGCCAUAGUUUGGGGGAUAGGGAGAGAGGGAAAAGGGAAUCAGAGAAUAUUAUAGUGUCAAAACCAGUGGGAAGGAUGUGGGGAUAACUCUAAGGGACAGGUAAAAAAAGUGGGAGCUAAGGUAGAGUUACCUGGUUUAGGGACUGAAAAAAUAAACCUACAGAAUUAUUUAUUUACUAGCUGGUUAAUAAUAAGAUACCAGUAUCAGUGUGGUAGAAUGGAGAGUGCUUUACUUGGAGUUAGAGAAUCUGGGUUGGAAUCCCAUUUCUGCUGCUUACUACCUCUAUGACCUCAGUUUCCCCAUCUAUAAAAUGAGGGGGUCAGAUUAAAUAGCUUCCAAAGGUCUCUUCCAGCUCUAAAUCUGUGAUCAUCUAUGAUCCUGUUGGUUGAUCCUAUGAUAUGGUAGGUGAUUUAUCUCAAUUCUAAUUGAUUUUCUGUAGACAGUAGAUCCUAAUACAGAUUUAAGUUUCUUUUCUAAAUGUGUAAAUAAACCCAAAUUCAGUAGGAAAGCUAUUUAAAGGACCCGGAUGGUAAAUUUAACAUGUAUACAACACAUAUAUGUAUACAUAUAUACACACAUAUAGAAAGAAAGAAUACCAACUUUCUAGUUUAUAUUUUUAAGUGGCACAGUGGAUAGUGCACUGGGUCUGGAAUUAGGAAGUCCUG